UCUGCUCACGAUUCCAAUUCAAACGCGGCAGGCUCUGCGACUAUACACGUGCUCCCGUGCUCCGAAAAGACCGUUGCACGUCCCGUUUGAAUCGGUUUUUUGGUAACAUUUUCAAUUCAAGGACACCACGGUUCCUAGUUGAAUUCAUUAGUAACUCGUUAUAGAAAUCAAUGCACUUGACAAUGGAGGCGAUAAUUUUGCAAUGCAUGAUGCCGGAUACCAGCGCCGUCGAGCAGGGUAUGGCUAAAUUGCGAGAAGCAUUCAAAAAUCCACAAAGUACAUUGGAAUUAGCCCAAUUAGCAAUUGCUGCAGGAUCAGCUCAGGUCAGACAAUAUGCUGCUGUUUUAUUACGCAAGAAGUACAGUAAAUCUAAGGGUUGGAGUAAGUUAGAUAAUUCCUUAAGAACACAAGUUAAAGCACUUUUGAUACAGUCUUUAAUGAAUGAGAACGACAAAUCUGUGAAAAAAUCAGUUGCACAUCUUGCCGGAGUAUUGGUAAAGCAUGAAGCAGCUCGUAAUGGAUGGCCAGAAAUUUUUGAUUUAAUGAUGCGAUUACUGCAAAGCGCAGAAGUAAGCCAUCAAGAAUUUGGACUUUUCAUACUAGAAAAGCUAACUGAAAUGGCCUCUAUUAAAACCUUUGCUGGACAGUUUGAAAAUAUUUUGAAAAUCCUAACUAACGUUGCUGAUUCUAUUCAAGAAUGUUCGGAUCCUAGAGCUCCUUAUAUUUUAAAUAUAAUGAUGAAUUUAACUAAUUAUCUAGCAGAACAUCCUGUUGUAACUAACUAUUACAUAGCGUUAAUACCAGUAACCAUGAAGUUAAUAAUUCACUUCUCUGCUGACUCAGAAGACAAGGCAAUUGAAGGAUUUGAAUUAUUAGAUGAAUUAACAGAGGAAUAUCCAAAAGUUAUGAAUCCACAUUUCAAUGAUUUUGUUAAAAUGUGUAUACACGUAGUUUCAGAUCCAAAAUCACUUGAAACUGUUAAAUCAAGAGCAAUAACAUCCCUAGGAUGGCUUGUUAAAUUAAGGAAGAAGACUAUUUUAAAAAACUGUCUACUUGAUUCAAUAUUUGAAUGUCUUUUUGCCGUAUUGAGCAGUCCUGUUGAUGAUUUUGGGGGAGAAUACGACGAUGAUGAGAGCAUAACACCAGGUCAGAGUGCUCAUGCAGCUUUGGAUGAUAUAGCAUUGAACAUACCUGCUUCAACAUUGUUAACCGUCAUGUUGAAAUACGUGCAGCCAGCAUUACAGAGUGACAAUGAGUUUGUAUUGAAAGCAUGCUUCAUAUCACUCGCAACUGUAACCGAAGGUUGCAGCGAUUACAUUCGAUCCAAACAUCUCGAAGAUUUCUUGAAACUCGCCAUCACGGGAAUUAACAAUAAUAGCAAUAUCGUCAAGUCCGCGGCCUUCUACGCUAUCGGCCAAUUUUCGGAGUAUCUUCAACCCGAAAUCAGUAAAUACGUGAACGAAGUACUGCCCAUUCUCUUCCAAAACUUGGACAUAGUCUUGCAGCGAUUGCAAAAGGAACCGCAAGGAUCGACGGCUGUGGCUCGCAGGGUCUUCUACGCGCUCGAAAUCUUCAUCGAGAAUCUCGGCGACGAUUUACUGCCGUACUUGCCAGUGUUGAUGAAGGCCCUCAGCGAAAUAAUUUUGGAGACCAACAGUGCACCCGAAAUCUGGGCUUGCGCCUUGAGCACGGUGGGAUCCAUUUGCACCGCGUGCGAGAAAAACGUGCUCCCAUACUUCGCUCAAAUAGUCGAAAUGCUUAAGAAAUUUUUAGUCAAGCCCGAUUUGACCAACGAGGAUCAAAUCAACGUUGUUUGCGAAGCUAUAGACGCGCUGGGUAUCUUUGCGCGGACGAUUGGAUCGGAAAAUUUCGCCCCACUUGUUGAGGAUUCGAUGCAGUACGCUCUCAACGUACUCGCCGAAGGUGAAGAUCCAGAUUUGCGCAAAAGUGUCUACGGACUUCUUGGAGCUAUGUCUUGCGUAUUGAAGGAUGAUAUGCACGUCGUUAUAGCAAAGGUUCUCGACAGAAUGAUGGACAGCAUCACGUCGACGGAAUCCAUUAUCACACAAUUCAAAGAUAACGGAGACGACGCUCACUUGAUUUACGAAGAUCUGAACGACAGCGAGGAGGAGGAGAAAGCCGAAGACGAGGAAGACAUCGCUAAUACCGAUGACGAGACGGAAAACGACGAGGAAGACGAAGACGUGGCGGGUUACACCGUGGAGAACGCGUUUGUCGCCGAGAAGGAAGCGGCCAUCUCGGCCGUGCGAGAGAUCGCCAUGAACGCCGAGAAGGCUUUCCAGCCGUACACAGAUUCAUUCUUCAAUGCAAUUUUCGAGCUGCUGACUUUCCCUCAAGAGGACAUCAAAGUUUCGGCGAUCGAGGCUUUGACGCAGUUGUGCAUGAUCUACGCGAAGGAAAAUACCGAGGAGAAAGCUUUUCCUCUGUUUCAAUCGCUGGCCCGCUUGGUCCCGAAAUUGGCGGAAAUCGUCAGAUGCGACACGGAAAGAGACGUAGUCAUCGCGACUCUCCAGAGCUACACGACUCUGCUGGAUAAGUUGGGCGCUUUGAUGCUUCACGUAGAAGGCCACAAGGAGGCAUUCGUUAAUUGUGCUCUGGACGUCAUGAGAGGUCAAACCGAGUGUCAAGAUACCACGGGUCAGGAUCCCGACGAGGAGGAGGAUCCCGAGGAAGCCGAGCACGACGAGUACUUGUUCGAUCACGCCUGUCAAUUAUUGGUGGCCGUCGGCAAACACAUGCCAAUCGAGGAAUUCGCUACCCAGAUGAAAGUCGCCAUGCCCAUUCUCGUCAAACGAAACGGUCCAGAAGCCACCGAGAUCAGACGAGCCAACAGUCUCGGCACCAUAGCCGAAUCCAUCGGCAUACUGGGCGCUCACGUGGUACCUUACGUGAACACCCUGGCCCCACUGGCCAUAGGAUUGUCCAGAGACAGCACCAAGGACGUGCGCAACAACGCGAUCUUCGCUCUGGGCGAGCUGGCUCUGCACGCCGGACCCUCGAUGUACGAGCACUACCCGAUGUUGCUCAAACUGAUGUCCGAGGUGAUGGCCGAGGAGAAGGAGGGCCUGGUGCGCGACAACAUCAUCGGCGCCGUCGCGCGCAUGAUGCUGGCCCACGUGGAAGGCGUCCAACCGAUCGAGGACGUCUUCGGAGUGCUGGUGAAUCAGCUGCCGCUGGCCACGGACUUCGAGGAAAAUCUCGCCGUGUUCCGUGCCAUUCUUCAUCUUUACCAAAUGGGAAAUCCGGUGAUCAGGGCGAAUCUCGCAAAGCUGCUCGCCGUGUCGAUCCAGGUUUUACAAUCGCCGGAUAUGAGCGACGAUACCAAAAAUCUAGCGUUGAAGUUCACGAGGCAGGCGAGAAAAGACUUUGACGCUGAAUGGAAAGCUUUUAUCGGUAGCGUACAAUUGGAUAUGGGCUUGAUGUCCAUGAUCAAUGCAGAUGAGUCGUAAUUGUUAUACGAUAUAAAGCGAGACACACAACCUAGAGGUUUAAGACAAUAGUUUUUUUCACAUUGAAAAAUAUAAAGUUUAUUUUUUACUACGCGCCGGCGUUGAAUCGAUACAAAUGAUAUAUGUAUGUUUUAUAAUGAAAAUAUAAUCUUUAUAUAACUUGAA